UGAAACUCUGUGUGCAGAGUACUUCUCAUAAUGUUUGGUUUUCUGGAUGGAAUGUCCACAUCACUGGGAUCUCCGGGAAAGGGAGUUGAAGGUGUAAGGACAAUUUAUUCUCUGAUGACUGUAGAGGAAAGUGGCCAGCAAAUACAAGACUGAAACUCCUGAACCUGAAGGAAAGACAGUACUUUGAUUUGAGGGAGAAGCAACAAGAGAAGAAAGUCUCAGAGUUAAUCCAGGAACUGAACACGCUGAAAGCCUUCGCCUUGCUCAUCGUAAAUGACCAACAGCGUGCGAGUGAGCUGCUAGAAGAACAAAAGUAUCGCCUCGACGCGCUGACAGCCGCCACAGCCGACAUCAAGCAAAGGGUCGGUGCUGACAAAGCUGAAGGCCUGGAACUCUUGUGGCCUGAGAUCUUCUCCCAAACUCAUGAGACCAUGACAGCAAAACUGUAUGAUCUGAAUCAGCAGCAGAGGCAGCAGAUUGUAUUCCUCAAGAACAAGUCUGACAACCUAGAGGGGACAGUGAGACGGGAAACAUGGACCCCGAGCACGAUGUCAGAGAUUGAGGUGUUGAGACGGAGGGUGGUGGAGAUGGACGGAAAGGAUGACGAGUUUAUACGAAUGAGAGAUCAGUGCCUGGAGCUGGAGCGCAGGCUGAAUGUGGAGACUGAAAACUGCUCGUCGCUGAAGGAAGAGGUUGAAAAGCUUAAUGGCCGAAUCGACGAUCUGGACCGAAUAGAAAGGGCUUUAGGCAAAAGUAAGAAAGAGUGUAGCCUCCUGAAAAGUAGUUUGGAGAAGGAGAGAGAUGCCAAUAAGAUACUGUCAGGGGAAAUCGACACCAUGAAGACCAGAGUGAGAGAGCUAGAGCAAGCUGAGGGCCAACUGGAGAGGAGCGAGGCAGCCGUGAAGAACGAUCUGGCCAAGCUGCGUUCACUGACCGUGGCCUUGGUGGAAGAGAGAAAGGCCAUGGCUGAGAAGCUGCAACUGGCAGACGAGAAACUCAACAGGAAGGAGAGCAAAAAAGCAGAACAAGGAAACCUGACGGCGAUGACGGAAAAAUUCAAAGAUGAGAGGCAGCAAGUUUUGAGGUCAAAGGCCGAGUUGGAAAAACGGAUGCUGGUCAUUGGGCAGGAAAAGGAUGAGCUUCAAGGCCGCCUGACGACAGCAGAAGACAGGAAUGUGGAGCUGCAGAACAAAAUCACGCUCAUGAAAAAAAGGAUGCAGGUUUUAGAAAACAGAAAAGAGAAGGGAGAUCAUUUCCAGGUCAAUUACAACCAUCACUGUCAAACCGAAGAAAACCGAGUCAAACAGUUGACCCAUGAGUUAGACCAGCUGCAAAAGAGACUGCAGGACAAGGAGAUGCUGGAUCGGGAGUUGAUGAAGGUGGAAGAAGACUUCCAGUCCCUGGAGAGGAGGUUCAAGGAUGAGCAGACCAAGUGCAGGGCUCUCACUAAGGAACUGGAGGUGGCCAAAAAAGAGCUUUCCAGAUACCAGCAGGCAGAGAAACACGAGGUAAACCAGGAGCACCUGCUUCUAUGUUGCUUGCAAAAGGAACAAGUAAAGUCCAGACUUUUGGAGCGGGAACUUAAUGCCCUGAAGGAGAAACUUCAAAAGUUGGUGGGAACAGAAGAGUCCAUCACAAAGGUCCAAACUGAUCACUCCACACUACAGGACAAGUUGGUACAACAAGAAGCCAGGAACAAAGAACUGGCCAGGGAGAAGAAAGAACUGAGCAGCGAGCUGAACAGGAUCAGACAAACUAAGACAGAGUCCUACAGAGAUCUGGAUUCAGAACUCCACCAAAGCUCAAAAGAGAUUCAAACAGAGCCGGAGGACGGACAGUAUUCCGAAUAUACCACCCAGGCUUUUGUCCUGAACGAAGAAAUUACGGUGGAUCCAAAUCACAAUGUGGAAGUCUCAAACAGAUACCUUGCCAAAAACAUGAAUUCCCUGGAUAACGUGAAUAACGUUCCGUGUCAGGGUAACGCCCUGAACGCGCAACCACCGGUCAACGGUGAGGUGAUGAUGUUGACACACUCUCCGGGUCAACCUCUGCACAUAAAAGUCACUCCACACCACACUCACAACAGCGCCACCCUCGAGAUAAGCAGCCCGACGACAGACACGGCAACUUCCUUCACCAGCAAAGCUGUCAUCCCCACGGCGGGAACUCCUCCAAAGCAAAGAAUCACAAUCAUCCAGAACUCUACUCUCCCGGUCCUCAAUUCAAAAUCUCCCAUCUCAAGUCCAGACGCAUCGCUAAAUGGGACGCCCAUUUCUCGGAUGCUGAGCCCCAAUUUAUCCCGAUCUGUGACGCCUGACCACAACAACUCCCCCAUACAGAUCCUGACGGUCAGAACUUGUUCCCCAGACCCUUCCGACAUCACAAAUCCGGCUGCUUUCAGCAAGAGUCCGGAGCCGAAGAGCAACUGGCCGCACCUCAAGUCCAGCUGUGGCGACCCGAGCCCCAAUGUGAUCACCACUGAGGACAGCAAAAUACACAUCCACCUGGGCAGCCCGUACCUUCAACCUCAUGGCAUCCCGCCAUCCGCCGGGCCUUAUUACUUGCGACACGAGCAAACUACUCAAGUUCUUGCCAACGGCUGCCACGUCAAAGGCGUCGGCAAGAUUACCAGCAGCAUCACCAUUUCUCCUUCAACGUCACCGACGUCCCUCUCAGCCAACAGUAGAUGGCCCAUGUGAUCAGACAGAAAUCCUUGGAGCAAAAACUGGCACCCAUAACCCUAACCCAGCAGCAACUGCAUUUGUAUUGUUAAUACGGGACUAUUUGCCCUACGUCCUCAGAACACCUUGCUGCCCGUGUCUUCAUUGGCGACAACUCUGCCCUUUGAGCU